AUUUGUGGCAAAAAAUUUAAAUUUCGCACAAAAAAUGGUGUCGAGCCGAGCCCCUGCUGGUUGGCCUAGAUCGUUGCCAAUUUGAACUUUAACUGGGGCGGUACUUAAGAUUAGGGGCUUAAGGAACUCUUCUUUCUACUGGAAAGUGUGCCACCAAGUCGAUAAAACCACUCGAAUAGAACGACUUGCUACACCUAUAAAUAGCCAAAAAUCACAACAUUCGACACAUUCAACCCCAACCAUGUCUUCGGUUAACAGUCUAGUGUUUCCCCUGAUCCUGCUCCUUGCCUCGGCUUCGGUUCUAGGUAAGAGCAUGCCGGCCGACGAGUCGCGGAUCAUAGGAGGCCAGUUUGCCUCCAUGGGACAGUUUCCCCAUCAGGUGUCCUUGCAGUUGAACGGUCGCCAUCACUGUGGUGGAUCCCUCAUCUCGGAGACCAUGAUCGUGACUGCCGCCCACUGCACCAUGGGCCAGAAUCCCGGCCAGAUGAAGGCCAUUGUGGGAACCAACGAUCUGAGCGCCGGAAAUGGCCAAACCUUCAACAUUGCCCAGUUCAUCAUCCAUCCGCAGUACAAUCCCCAGAGCCAGGACUUUGACAUGUCACUGAUCAGACUCAGCACGCCGGUGCCCAUGGGGGGAGCCGUGAAAACCAUCCAAUUGGCCGACUCGGACUCCAACUAUGCCGCCGACACCAUGGCUACGAUUAGUGGCUUCGGAGCCAUCAACCAGAACCUCCAGCUGCCCAACCGCCUGAAGUUCGCCCAGGUGCAGCUGUGGAGUCGCGACUAUUGCAACGCCCAGAAUAUCCCUGGACUCACGGAUCGCAUGGUGUGCGCCGGACAUCCCAGUGGCCAGGUUAGCUCCUGCCAGGGAGAUUCCGGUGGCCCCUUGACCGUCGACGGCAAGCUCUUCGGCGUGGUAUCCUGGGGAUUCGGGUGUGGAGCCAAAGGACGCCCGGCCAUGUACACCUAUGUGGGUGCUCUGCGCUCAUGGAUCAAACAGAACGCUAAUGUGUAACUGGAAAUUGUAACCAAACCCUUUAAUGAUCACUGGCACAAUAAAUAAAUCAAAUUUCAAAG